CCCCCCGGUUGCUGGUCGCUCGGAGCCUCCUCGGUGCUGUCGCCUGUGCCUGGCCUGGUGAUGGCCGGCCCGGCGCAGCAGCAGCACAGUGUCUCGUUGUUCUUCGUCCAGGAGGAUCCGAAGGGAGGGGUUCAGUUCUCCAAUUCGCUGCAGAGUGAACAGCCGCUGAAACUGCUGGUGGAAGCAGAGGAAGGGGGAGCGGAACUGCGGGUGAUCGAUGGAAAUGGUGUUUGUGUGUUCAAAUGUUCCAUAAACCGGGAGACGGAAAGCUGUCGGGUGGGAAAACAGGCCUUCCUCAUUACAGUCGGAUGCAGUAGUGUGUUACUUCAGUUUACCUCACUUAAUGAGUUCUUUACCUUUUACAAUUCUUUAAAGACCUUUAGAAGCUCCAAUAAAGCUCCCUCAGCAUUCAGCCAACGAACAGAAGAUGCGUCUGCAACACAGUACUUCCAGUUUUAUGGCAGCUUAUCACAACAGCAGAACAUGAUGCAGGAUUAUAUAAGAACUGCCACUUAUCAAAGAGCAAUACUCCAGAAUCAUGUUGAUUUUAAGGAUAAGGUUGUUCUUGAUGUUGGUUGUGGCUCCGGAAUUCUUUCAUUCUUUGCAGUUCAAGCGGGAGCUAGGAAGGUCUAUGCCGUGGAAGCCAGCUCGAUGUCAAAGUAUGCAGAGAUUCUAGUGAAAAGUAACAAUCUUUCAGAACGGGUAAUGGUCCUGGAAGGGAAAAUUGAGGAAAUUACUAUUCCUGAGAAAGUGGACAUCAUUAUUUCAGAACCUAUGGGAUAUUUGUUAUUUCAUGAGAGGAUGCUCGAAAGCUACCUCCAUGCAAAAAAAUGGUUGAAGCCAAAUGGGAUGAUGUUUCCUACUUUUGGUGAUGUUCAUCUAGCUCCAUUUUCUGAUGAGCAGCUUUACAUGGAACACUACACGAGGGCAAAUUUCUGGUACCAGCAGUGUUUCCAUGGGAUUAAUCUGACUGGUCUUUGCAGUGCAGCUAUGGAUGAGUACUUCAGGCAGCCAAUUGUAGAUACCUUUGAUGUAGUCAUUUUGAUGGCACGGUCUGUCAAGUACACUGUGAACUUUCUGGAAGCUAAAGAAGAUGAUUUGCAUAGAAUGGAAAUCCCUUUUGCCUUCCGAAUUCUGCAAUCUGGGCAAGUCCAUGGCUUGGCAUUUUGGUUCGAUGUGGCAUUUGUAGGUUCACAGAAAACAAUCUGGCUAUCAACAUCUCCUGCUGAACCUUUGACACACUGGUACCAGGUGCGCUGUCUCCUACAGACCCCACUGUUUGCCAAAGAAGGCGAGACAUUCUCAGGGAAAGUUUUACUUGUGGCAAAUAAACGGCAAAGUUAUGAUAUUCACAUUAUGGCAAUGGUAGACCAAACAGGCUUCAAGUCUGGGAACCUGCUAGACUUAAAGAAUCCUUUCUUCAGUUUUUACGAAUGAUGAGUUAUGAAAAAGCUCAGUCUAAACUGACACCAGCAUAUCUUCUGAACAAGAUACUCAGGUGACUGCAAUACAACAAAAUCGAGGCGGAACUUGAAUCAGUUUUUUUUUUGAUGAUGCUUCCAAAUUGCAGUAUCCCAUCUCUAGAAUAUUUUAUCAAUCUGUAUUAAUGAAUAAAUCAUAUGUUAACACAAGUGUUAACUUGCUAGCACUUGUACAGAAUAUCAGAUGUAGCCCAAGAUCUUGAAUUAACCAAAGGCAGCCAGAUAUACAUCUGUUGUCAGCUUCAAGGCAAUAAGAAUAAUGUAAUAACUUUGUAGUCUAUUUUAUACAUGUAUGUGGUAUAUAUAAGUGUGUACAUGUAAGAGGCUAUUGUGUAGUAGGUCAGAUACAGUCAAGAAUAUUGUGUAAAUAGGACAGUUAUUAUCAACUUGGUUAAAUUGGAACUUUAAUGGAUAAAUUGCAAGAAACAGUUUCAAUACUUGCCUAAAAGAAAUUAUUGUAGAAUCAAAAUAUUCAAUAAGUAUGGCUUAUUUAUAUCUCUAGCAUUCGAUAUAUUAAAUAUAUUUUUCACUGUGAUGUUAUGGCAUUUGUGCUCUAUGACCUGCAACCAAGAAUUAUUAAAUAUUUUCACUCGUUAAAUUACAAUUUG